AUGGAUGAAGAGUACGAAAGUGUGGCACUGGUCAAACCGGAAAUCUUUGUGUACCGAAUUCCUCCACUUGGUACAAGUCGAGGGCACAAAGCUGCCGACUGGAAGUUAGAUGCACCUGAUUGGACUGGUAGAAUGAAGCUAGUAGCCAUAGGAAAACGUCUUGAACUUCGACUAGAAGACAAGACAUCAGGUGCGCUCUAUGCAAAGUGUCCUAUUGAUGCUUUUCCUGGUGUAUGCAUUGAGCCCGUUACCGAUUCUUCACGAUAUUUCGUUAUUCGUCUUAAAAAUGACGCUGGCCAGACUGCGUUUGUUGGAUGUGGCUUCGCAGACCGAGGAGAUUCAUUCGAUUUGAACGUUGCUUUACAGGAUCACUUCAAAUACAUUGAGAAAUCUGCUGAACUGGAACAGGUUACAGCGGCUGCGCCCAGCUUAGAUCUUGCGUUCAAGGAAGGACAAACGAUAUCUAUCAAUAUUGGUAAGAAGAGCUCAGACGGACAACAGGCUCCCUCUCGACCACGUCCGCAACCCUCCCCGGCUGGAGGCACUGUGCCAUUAUUACCUCCUCCUCCUGGAAGUUCUGCGAUCCGCAGGACAACACCAACACCAGCGCAAUCCCAGAAUAAAACUAAUCCGGUCGGUGGCAAUUUACUAGAUUUUUAG